UGAAUUUUCCUUAUCUGAUCAGUUGACACUGUAUAUGAUGUUGUGCUCUGAACCCAGGUGCUCGGUGUUCAUGAUCAGAGAGAUCAAUUGGCGAAAGCACAACAUCUAGCUACUUGUAAAGAAACUAUAUAAAGCAACAGAAUAACAAGCCUGGCCCCUCUACUUAACAGAAAGACAAAGAAAAUGAGCUGCAACAUGCCAUUGCGUACCCAAUGCUAAUUCUCUUUUCUUUCAAUUUAUUUGAUAGAAAAAUGCUACAGUUCAAAUUGGCAUCUUGGCGGGUGUUGGCCUUGCUGACAAAUCAAGUCAUGUCACGCUCAAUGGUAUGGGCAAUUUUUGUUGGUCUUGAAUCAUCAGAGUACUAAAAAUCUGAACUUCGGAGAGUAACCAUGUCAAUUAAAACCAAAGUAAUGAUCAAAUUACCACCACCCUCAGCUAGCGCAACAUUUACAGAGGCUGAUGUUAAUUACUAAUUAUGAAUCCCUGUUUUAAGCAUGAACAAUAGGAAAAGAUCAAGCAUGGAAAUAUUAAUGUCAAACAUAAAGGGUGUGGCGUGGAUUGAAUGAUCAAGGUGCAGCACCUUAUAGAGAAGUGCCUGAUCUUCAACAUGACUAAAGAAGAGUGCAUGGAAGCUCUCUCUAAACAUGCAAAUAUCGAGCCUGUCAUCACCUCCACUGUGUGGAAAGAAUUAGAGAAAGAGAACAAGGAAUUCUUCGAGGCCUAUGCUCAAUCGAAAAGCAAGGAUGACAGAAUGUCCGAGGAAGAAACCAGUCGAGUGAUUCAGAGGAUGAUCUCCCAACAAUCAGAAUCAGAAUCCUCUAAAAAUCAUGAUCCAGAUGAAUAAAGAUUAAUUAAUGAUGUAUUAAUUUUUCCAUGAAAGCGAUCGAUCCCUCGAUCUCCUUAUCAUGUUCGGUGUUCGGGCUGGUAGUUUUGCCUUCCCUCAAAACUCUAAUCCGACCAAAACACAAAAGGAAAAAAAAAAAAAAAAAGUUAUCUCGAAGUCUUAUUGCGGUCCCUGUAUUUGUGAAUUUAAUGCAGAAAACCACGGUCCGUUGCUUCCAUGGUCCUCCUAGCCACAAAUAAAAUCAUGUAUUGUGCUGUCUGAAACAAAUUAAAGACAGCACCAACUAUUUAAUUAGGGUGUAUAUAAGAAUAUAUCAUAAUUGUAUUCGGAUCCAAGAAUAUUCAUCAAUGUAAUCAGUCGAUCAGGGGCUCUUAUGUCA